UACGAGGAGCUGCAGGUGAGCGCGGGCAAACACGGGGACAGCCUGAGGGACACCAAGGCCGAGAUCUCGGAGCUCAACCGGAUGGUCCAGAGGAUCCGCGCCGAGAUCGACAGCGUGAAGAAGCAGUGCGAGACCCUCCAGACGAGCAUCGCGGACGCGGAGCAGCGCGGGGAGGGGGCCCUCAAGGACGCCCGGGCCAAGCUGGAGGAGCUGGAGAGCGCCCUGCAGAAGGCCAAGGCCGACAUGGCCCGGCAGCUCCGCGAGUACCAGGAGCUCAUGAACGUCAAGCUGGCCCUGGACGUGGAGAUCGCGACCUACAGGAAGCUGCUGGAAGGGGAGGAGUGCAG